AUGAGUCGCUUGAAGACAUCUCCUGCCAUUCUUCUCUUUCGCCCUGUUCAAAAAUACGUAUCGAUCAGGUCUGUAUUGAGUUCAAUCAUCUUUAUCUUUCCCUCUUUUCUUAAUUUAUCUCUCGCUUUCCUUUUCUCUCUUUCCUUAUCUCUCACUUUUUCAUCUCUUUCUUCCUUUUUCCGACGCACUCUUUCUCCCGUUCACCCUCAAACUUUCUUUCUCUUUCUCUCCCUUUUACAAUCCCUGUCUUACUCUUUCUUUCUUUCUUUCUUUCUUUCUUUCUCCAUCUCUCUAUUUCGCUAUCUCUUUCUAUUCUUUCUAUCUCUUUCUUCCUUUUCCACCGCAGUCUUUCUACCUCUUUUCCUCAAGCUUCUUCUCUCCUUUUCUUUGUUUAUCUCUCUCUUAACCCUUUACAUAUUCCUCUCUUCCCUUUUUUGUCCCUUUUUCUAUCACGUUCUUGAUCUCUUUCAAUUUUUCCCCUCACUCUAUCUCUCUUUGCUAUCUUUUUCUCCCCUUCUCUUGUCCCCUCCCUUUCCAUCUCUCACUUUCUCCCUCUCUUUCUACCUUUUUUUUUUAAUGUUUUCCUCUCUUUCUUUCUCAUUCUUCCUCCCUAUUUCCCACUCUAUCUCUUACUUUUUCUAUCUCUUUCGUUCUCUCUCAAUCAGUUUGUCGUUUUGGAUUACCAAGAUGUUGACUUCAUCUAUCUCAAUUUUACAUAUCUAUCUAUCUAUCUAUCUAUCUGACGCAGUCAUUUUUAUAUCUAUCUAUCUAUCUAUCUAUCUAUCUAUCUAUCUAUCUAUCUAUCUGGUGCUGUCUGUUCAUAUCUAUCUAUCUAUCUAUCUAUCUAUCUAUCUAUCUAUCUAUCUAUCUAGCGCAGUCAUUUUCUGUCUAUCUAUCUAUCCAAUAUUUCAAAUACUUAUUUGA